ACACGCACAUUUUUCUCUCAUUAUUCCAAACAGCAAAUCUAUAUCCCAGAAUCUAGCUAGCCUUAUCAACCGAACAAACAAGUUUGCAAAAUAAUAAAGUGAUAGGAUAUGGAACAGAAUUUGCCAGUGAUAGCAAAGAAGUUGUGGAAGAUAGUGCGAGUGGCAUUUUUCAUGUUAAGAAAAGGAAUAUCAAAGCAAAAGCUAAUGCUCGAUAUAAAAUUAAUGGUGAAGCGUAGCAAAAUUGGUAGCUGCAAAUCUGCUGUCCAAAAUCUUAUGUUUCACAACAAACGAAACAAACACACUACUACUCUCUCUGCCAAUGAAAACGACGUAGUUUUGGUGGAUGAAGCUGUGGUGAAAGCGUUGGAGAUAAUUCAGAGUACUGAAACUGCAUAUUAUUCUCCUGCUAAUAAUUUGCCUGGUUUUGGGAGGACUCCUAUAAUAAUUAGGGUUACGGACUCGCCUUUUCCUCUAAGAUCAGAAGAAGAUAAUUAUAACCACGUAGAUGAAGCAGCUGAUGAAUUCAUUUCCAAGUUUUAUAGGAAUCUGAGGCGGCAAUCUUCGCUUUCUGCUGCUUAAUCUUAUUAGAAUUCUUCCUUCUUCUUGUUAUUAUAUAUAUGAUGAACAUAAUUGGGUCUAGUCUCUACAUAGGGUGUAACUGUGGCAAUAUUUUAAAAGACUAUGCCAAGUGGCAAACUUGAUUAGCCACUUUCUUGCCAUGCACUAUAAAUUUACAUGCAAUUUUAAGUAUAAAUAACCAUCAUUUGGCAGCACAAUGAUCCACCAUCAAAAGUGCUUUUCUAUUUAACCUUCUUUCUCUUUCUCUCUUAGCUUCUUUUAUUUUCAAUUUUUCUUAUAUAUUUUCUUUGUCCUAUUCUCUUUUCAAUCUCGUUGGAUUAUUGUAAUAUAAAUAUUUUGCUGA